GCCCCGGGCGGGCCCCCAGAGUUUCGCAGGAUGCCCCACGAGGACCAGCCGUCCCUGCAGAGACCUCGCUAUGGCUCUAUUGUGGAUGAUGAAAGACUCUCUGCAGAGGAGAUGGAUGAGAGGAGGCGGCAGAAUAUCGCUUAUGAAUAUUUGUGUCACCUGGAGGAAGCCAAAAGGUGGAUGGAAGUCUGCUUAGUUGAAGAAUUGCCGCCAACCACGGAGCUGGAAGAAGGACUCCGGAACGGAGUUUACCUUGCAAAGUUAGCCAAAUUCUUUGCCCCCAAAAUGGUAUCAGAGAAAAAGAUCUAUGAUGUGGAACAAACACGCUAUAAGAAGUCGGGCCUUCAUUUCCGGCACACGGACAACACGGUGCAGUGGCUGAGAGCCAUGGAGGCCGUCGGGCUGCCCAAGAUAUUUUACCCAGAAACAACAGAUGUCUAUGACCGGAAAAACAUACCGAGAAUGAUAUAUUGCAUUCAUGCACUGAGUUUAUAUCUGUUCAAACUAGGAAUUGCACCCCAGAUCCAGGAUUUGUUGGGCAAAGUAGACUUCACAGAGGAGGAAAUCAGUAAUAUGAGAAAGGAGCUUGAGAAAUAUGGAAUACAAAUGCCAUCUUUUAGCAAAAUAGGUGGUAUUCUGGCUAAUGAGCUGUCUGUGGAUGAAGCUGCAUUGCAUGCUGCGGUUAUAGCCAUUAAUGAAGCUAUUGAAAAAGGAAUCGCUGAGCAGACCAUUAUAACUCUAAGAAACCCAAAUGCAGUUUUGACUUUAGUGGAUGAUGAUCUCGCAGAGGAAUAUCAGAAGGAACUCUGGGAAGCCAAGAAAAGAAAAGAGGAAAAUGCAAGGCUGAAGAAUAACUGUAUCUCAGAAGAAGAAAGAGAUGCAUAUGAAGAAUUGCUGACACAAGCAGAAAUCCAAGGCAAUAUCAAUAAAGUCAACAGGCUGGCUGCAGUGGACCACAUCAAUGCAGUUAUUCGGGAGGGCGACCCUGAGAACACACUGCUUGCGCUGCAGAAACCAGAGGCCCAGCUGCCCGUUGUUUAUCCCUUUGCUGCUGUGAUGUAUCAGAAUGAGCUUUUCAACCUCCAGAAGCAGAACGCCAUGAACUACUUGGCCCAUGAGGAGCUCUUGAUUGCAGUGGAAAUGCUAUCUGCUGUAGCUUUACUCAACCAGGCCUUGGAGAGCAGCGAUCUUGUGUCUGUGCAGAAUCAACUUAGAAGCCCGACAAUAGGCUUUAACAAUCUGGACGAGACGUGUGUGGAACGUUAUGCAAAUGCACUUCUCUGCAUUAAACUGGAAGCCUUAUCCCAAGGGCAAGAUAGCUUAAGCUGGAAUGAAAUUCAGAAUUGUAUCGAUAUGGUUAAUGUUGAAAUUCAAGAAGAGAAUGACCGAGUUGUAGCUGUGGGAUACAUCAAUGAAGCCAUUGAUGAAGGGGAUCCUUUGAAAACUUUAGAUAGCCUGCUAUUACCCACUGCUAAGAUUAAAAAUGUGGAUCCUGACUUUGCCCAUCACUACCAGGAUGUUUUAUACCAGGCUAAAAGACAGAAAUACAUGGACCCUCAAAGUGCUUCUAAAAUUCUUUGGCUGGAUGAGAUACAGCAUGCUGUCGACGAGGCCAACAAGGACAUAAACAGCGCAAAGCAGUGGGUUACACUGGUCGUUGAUGUUAAUCAGUUUUUGGAGAAGGAGAAGCAAAGUGAUAUUUUGUCUGUUUUGAAGCCUGCCAUUGGUAAUACAAAUGAUGUAAUCCCUGAAUGUGCUGACAGGUACCAUGACGCCCUGGCAAAAGCAAAAGAGCAAAAAUCUAGAAGUGUGUCUACUGAAGGUUCAUGGCUUAAAGUCACCCUGCAGGAGAAAUAUGAUUACUACUACAAUAUUGAUUCAAAAGAGAGUUCCUGGGUCACACCUGAACCCUGCUUGCUUAAAGAAUCAUGGCUCAUGGGAAAAGAAAUUGAGGACAUUGUUGAGGAUAUCACUGCAGAUUACAUCCGUGAGAACAUAUGGUCUGCUACUGAAGACAUGCUUCAGCGCUUCCAAGCCACAACCUCAGGACCCCUCAUUAGGAAAGAGUAUGAAGCUAGGAAAGCAUUUUUGUAUGAACAGGAAGAGCAUGUGGUCAAAAUACAGGCUUUUUGGAAGGCAUAUAAGCAACGGGAAGCAUAUAAACGCAGGCGACAAAUGUUCAUUGAUAAUAUUCAUUUUAUUGUGAAGAUUCAGUCCUGGUACCGGAUGGUAACAGCACGAAAGAAUUACCUCUCACGACUGCAGUUUUUCAGAGAUCAUAACAAUGAAAUUGUGAAAAUUCAGUCUCUAUUGAGAGCAAGCAAAGCUAGAGAUGACUACAAAACACUGGUUGGCUCCGAAAACCCCCCAUUAAGGGUAAUCCGCAAAUUUGUAUACCUGUUGGACCAAAGCGACUUGGAUUUCCAGGAAGAGCUGGAGGUCGCCCGGUUGAGGGAGGAAGUAGUGACGAAGAUCAGGGGCAAUCAGCAGUUGGAGAAAGACCUGAACCUGAUGGACAUUAAGAUCGGGCUCCUGGUGAAGAACAGGAUCACGCUGGAGGAUGUAAUUUCACACAGAACAAAGCUGAAUAAGAAAAAAGGUGGAGAGAUGGAAAUACUGAAUAACACUGACAACCAAGGGAUCAAAAGUUUGAGUAAGGAGAGAAGAAAAACACUGGAGACAUAUCAGCAGCUUUUUUAUCUUUUACAGACCAAUCCUUCAUACCUGGCUAAGCUGAUUUUCCAGAUGCCACAGAACAAGUCAACUAAAUUUAUGGAUACUGUUAUUUUCACCCUGUACAAUUAUGCUUCCAAUCAGCGAGAAGAAUAUCUACUUCUCAAGCUUUUUAAAACUGCUCUGGAGGAAGAAAUAGCGUACGUAUAUAUAUUCUUAAAUUUCUCGAAUAAAAAACUCAUUGUAUACCUGAAACUUAACACAACAUUGUANGUCAUCAAGAUGGUCGUCAGCUUCAACAGAGGUGCCCGUGGGCAGAACACGCUGCGCCAACUCCUGGCUCCGGUGGUAAAAGAGAUCAUUGACGACAAGUCCCUGAUCAUCAACACGAGCCCUGUCGAGGUGUACAAGGCCUGGGUGAACCAACUCGAAACACAGACUGGAGAAGCCAGCAACCUGCCCUACGACGUGACCACAGAGCAAGCGCUGACGUACCCGGAAGUGAGAGCCAGACUGGAGGCCUCCAUCGAGCACCUGAGAAGGGUCACCGACCAAGUCCUGAGUUCCAUCAUCUCUUCCCUCGAUCUGCUGCCUUAUGGAUUGAGGUAUAUAGCCAAAGUGCUGAAGAAUUCGAUCCAUGAGAAAUUUCCGGAUGCAACAGAAGAUGAGCUAUUAAAGAUUGUUGGAAACCUCCUGUACUACCGGUACAUGAACCCAGCCAUCGUCGCCCCAGACGGCUUUGAUAUCAUCGACAUGACAGCCGGCGGUCAGAUCAAUCCCGACCAGAGGAGAAACUUGGGAUCAGUGGCCAAGGUCCUGCAGCAUGCAGCCUCCAACAAGCUCUUCGAAGGAGAAAACGAGCACCUCUCCUCUGUGAACGACUAUUUAUCAGAGACGUAUCAGGAGUUCAGGAAAUAUUUCAAAGAAGCAUGUAAUGUCCCUGAACCAGAAGAAAAGUUUAAUAUGGAUAAGUACACAGAUGUGGUGACAGUCAGCAAGCCAGUCAUUUAUAUUUCAAUUGAAGAAAUCAUCAACACACAUUCACUCUUGUUGGAACACCAAGAUGCGAUUGCACCUGAAAAAAAUGACUUACUGAAUGAGCUGUUGGAGUUGCUGGAAGAGGUACCUAAUGUGGAAUCUUUCCUUGGGGAAGGAGCUGUUGACCCUAAUGACCCUGACAAGGUAAACACACUAAAUCAACUCGCCAAGACUGAGAUUUCCCUUUACCUGACCAGCAAGUACGACAUAGGGGAUGGUGAAGCUAUAGAUGGCCAAAGCCUCAUGAUCAAGACCAAAAAACUGAUCAUUGAUGUGAUCCGGAACCAACCAGGAAGCACGCUGACAGAAAUCUUAGAGACUCCAGCAAGUGCAAAGCAGGAGACAGAUCAUGCCUCAGACAUGGCGAACCGUGCGGUUUUGGAUUCCAGGACUCCCGAAGACAUGAAGCAGGGCCAGUCUAUGGUUGAAGAUGCACAGCUGCCCCUUGAGCAGAAAAAGAGGAAAAUCCAGAGGAAUCUUCGGACACUGGAACAGACUGGACACGUGUCAUCCAAAAACAAAUACCAAGACAUUCUCAAUAAGAUUGCCAAGGAUAUUCGAAAUCAAAGAGUCCAUCGUAAGCUUCGAAAAGCUGAAUUGGAAAAACUUCAGCAGACGCUCAAUGCACUUAACAAGAAGGCAGCAUUUUUUGAAGAGCAAAUUAAUUAUUAUGACACUUACAUAAAGACUUGCUUAGACAACUUAAAAAGAAAAAAUACUCGGAGAUCAAUUAAACUUGAUGGAAAAGGAGAGCCCCGAGGGAUGAAGCGGGCGAAGCCGGUGCGGUACACGGCUGCAAAGCUGCAGGAGAAGGGUGUCCUCCUGGACAUAGACGAUCUGCAGGCAAACCAGUUUAAAAAUGUUACAUUUGAUAUCUCAUCUACUGAAGAUGUGGGUAUCUUUGAUGUCAGAUCAAAAUUCCUGGGUGUUGAGAUGGAGAAGGUUCAGCUCAAUAUUCAGGAUUUACUUCAGAUGCAGUAUGAAGGCGUAGCUGUGAUGAAAAUGUUUGAUAAGGUUAAAGUGAAUGUAAACCUUCUCAUAUACCUGCUGAACAAGAAAUUCUAUGGGAAAUGAAGUGCCUGCAGAAACCUCUCGGAUUCUAUAUCACCUGGAUUAGGAAAUGUAUCUGUUUAGUAUUUUUGUUUCUAAACAUGAUUGAGAUCACUGCUUAUAAACGUGUGAUUUUUUUUUUUUCCAAGACCAAAACUGUUCUGAAGAAUGUACCCUUGUGCCUUUCUGAUAAUCUGACACUGCAGUAGAAUGAGACACAAAAUGAAUUCCUGUAAACACUGCCACAUCAUAUUCUGGUGUGGGUACUCUGAUUUAAAUCUUUGGACAUUCUGGGAUUUGUUUUAAAGUAGGGAGAUAAUUUUAGCUGACUAGGGACAAAUGUGUAAACCUGUUUUCCUAUGAAAAAAAUUUUAAAUGCCCCAUUUGAAUAAUGUACCUCUUCAUAGAUUUCUUUUUUUUUUUUUUGAUCUGUGGAGAAAUGGAAACUGAAUUAUUUGUAAUGAAUUAUUUAGACAGAUAACUUGGUUCUAAGCCCUGCCUCCUGGGAGUUAUCAAUUUUAAAGAGAACUUUUGUGCAAUUCAAAAUGAGUUUUAUAAGUAAUUGAAAGUGACAGUACAAUAACACUUUCUGUAUAAAGGUAUAUAUUUUAUGUGAUUUAUUCCUACUCAGUGAAGUGCACUACUGCCUCGUGGAAAAGACUCUUGGACCCAGAGCCUUUAAGCGACUAAGGAACACCGUGAACAGUGAUCCUAGGCCCCCAUCUCCACCGCUCACAAUCUAUUUGAAUAUUUCCAUUGUGCCUCUCAAGUUUUUGUAAUGCAAUAAGAUCAGUAUCUGGAUGGUUUUUAAAUGUAUUCUUUGAAAAAUUGUUUUAUGUAAAAUAAAUGUUACUGAAUUACAUUAA